CUUGCCUAGCAAGAUAAGCAACAUCAUGAUGUGUUAUAAUAAUAACUCCUUGUUAGUUUUUCUGUCUCUUUUACUAGUUAUGCUCAUACUUGAUUCAAAAGUUGUCAGUCUUUCGAGCUCGUGUCAAACCAAAUGUGGAGAUAUAAACAUCCCGUUCCCCUUUGGAGUCGAAAACGGUUGCUAUCUCGACGACUGGUACCAAAUAGAAUGCAGAAAUUCUACUUUCCCAUUCCUCUCCAAGAUGGACAUGGAAGUUGUGAAUAUCUCUCUGCGUGACGAUGAUAGGUUUUAUGAUCCCACGACAUUCGGGUCAAUACGUCUCAAAAUCCCGAUAACAUCCGUUGGAUGUUCAGGAGAUGGAAAAGAAUCUAGAUUGUUUUUGAAUUUUAAGGGUCGCCCCUUUUUCUUGGGGACAGGAAACAGCCUCGUAGCGGUUGGUUGCAACAGCAAGGCGUUGUUGACUUACAUAGAGCCCAUCAUGGUGGGGUGCGAGUUGAAUUGCACUGCACCUUCAAGUAAAGGGAUGCCAUACAGCGAAAGCAUCCCUUUUUUAGACAAAACCGGGUGCUCAGGCGACGCACUGCCUUAUACCAACACAGGGGACUGUAGAAUUACCGAAGAUGAUGAAGAAACAAGCUGCAAUGGUAACGGAUGCUGCCGUGCUAGUCUACCGAAUGAUCCUCAACAGGUGAUCGGCGUCAGAAUAGAGAGCUCUGAUCAUGGAAACUCGACAGCCCUAGAAUGCAAAGUCGCUUUCUUAACAGAUGAAGUCUACACAUUGUCUAAUGUAACUGAGCCACAAAUUUUUUCCGAUAAAGGGUAUGCUACAGUUAGGGUAGGAUGGGUCACUCAGACGAAGAAUCUUUCCUUUAUAAAGUCAUUGGGCUGCAACAACUCCAGAGAGUACAAUAUUGCUUCAUUUGAAUCUCCUCGACACAGCAUAAGUUGUGUAUGCAACAAUAUUACCAUUUCUGGGACCAAUUAUGCAAACUGUGGAUGCAGCGACGGUUAUACAGGCAACCCGUACCUAAUUAACGGAUGCGAAGAUAUUAAUGAGUGCUUAAUACAAACACCAUUCUACCAAAGUUGCCGCAAGUGCGUAAAUUUGCCUGGAAGUUAUAAAUGCUCGGAAGAUAAGACUGGGACAAUAAUGAUAGGAGUAGGUACAGGUCUUGGCACCUUAGCCCUUGUAGGUGGAAUUUGGUGGUUGAGAAAGUUCAUUAAGAAGAGAAGGAUUAAUCGAAGGAAAAGAAAGUUCUUCAAACGUAACGGAGGACUAUUGUUGCAACAACAAUUAAAUACAAAUAAAGGCAACAUAGAGAAGACAAGAAUAUUCACAGCAAAGGAGCUUGAAAAAGCCACUGAAAACUUCAGCGAAAACAGGAUACUUGGACAAGGUGGUCAGGGCACUGUGUACAAAGGAAUGCUUGUUGAUGGCAGAACGGUUGCUGUCAAGAAAUCCAAAGUUGUGGAUGAAGACAAACUAGAAGAGUUCAUAAACGAGGUGGUCAUUCUCUCCCAGGUCAACCAUAGACACGUCGUCAAGCUCUUGGGAUGUUGUCUUGAGACCGAGGUUCCUGUUCUGGUUUAUGAAUUUAUCCCCAAUGGUAACCUUUUCCAACAUAUUCAUGAAGAAUCUGAUGAUUAUGCAAUGAUAUGGGGCGUGCGUCUACGCAUUGCUGUUGAUAUCGCAGGAGCUCUUUCGUAUUUGCACUCUGCUGCUUGUUCUCCUAUUUAUCACAGAGAUGUCAAGUCAACAAACAUAUUGCUAGACGAGAAGUAUCGAGCCAAGGUGUCUGAUUUCGGUACUUCAAGAUCAGUGACCGUGGAUCAUACUCACUGGACGACAGUUAUUUCAGGUACAGUUGGAUAUGUGGAUCCAGAGUACUACGGGUCCAGCCAAUAUACCGAUAAGAGUGAUGUUUAUAGCUUUGGAGUCGUCCUCGUUGAGCUUAUCACUGGAGAAAAACCUGUAAUAACCCUUUCGAGUUCUCAAGAAAUAAAAGGCUUGGCGGAUCAUUUCAGAGCUGCCAUGAAGGAGGAAAAAUUCUUUGAUAUUAUGGAUGCUCGAAUAAGAGAUGCAUGUAAACCGGAACAAGUAAUGGCAGUGGCAAAUCUAGCAAGGAGAUGUUUGAAUUCAAAGGGAAAGAAGAGGCCGUAUAUGAGAGAAGUGUUUACCGAGUUAGAGAAGAUAUCUUCAUCUCAAGAAGUGAAGACUGAAAAUGAUAAUGGUGAUGAUGAGGAGGAAGGAAUGAAUAUGAUUGAGAUAGCUGAUUCGUGGACCAUUGGUGUCACUGCUCCAGCCUCUAGUAUUGUCCCUUCGUCAUCCUUGUCAGACGUUGAACCAUUGUUUCCUUGUCCCACAUGGUGAAGUGUGAAAAAGGGAAGCUAAUUCUGAAUAAAGUUGAUGCUAUGUUCAAAGGUUUGGUAUUUUCUGUAAUUAAGAUGAUGUUGUGAUUGCGUGUCUUCUCUGCAUUGAACACCUGCUCAUGUAUAAUAUGAUGAAAACAUUUCAUCUGCAUAGGUUUUAUCAUUCACUCUUGCACAUCUCUCUUAUCUCUUUUUUUUUUUUUUUACUUUUCCCGUUUUGCCUCUAAUUUUACUUGAACCGGCAGUUGAUUUGUUAUAUAUGCUUUCCUGAAAUUAAAUGAAGCAACGUUUGGAGUGUUAUUACCAUAUGGUAAAUGGCAGUCCAAUAUAUAUAAAUAAUUUUUAAUUAAUAAGGUUAUAUAUUACAUAAUAAUUAUAAUUAAAUUUUAGCUAAAUAAGUAACAUUUUCUUUAGAAAUAUUUUUUUAUGAACUUUUUGGGUUAGCGGAUAUCCACAGUUUUAAAUCAGUAGACCCGCAUCUAUCUCAUUUCUAAAAUUCACAAUCCGCAUCAGAAAGAUCUUAACCAGCAUCCAUUCUACAGCAGGUCAAACACACCCGGGUUCGAACCAAAUUCCUAGCCCUAAACUUAUCUUAGGUUUCGGAGUUAGAGUUGACUCUAGGUUUUAAACACUCGUUGAUCAUCUUCCUCUCGGUCAUGGAGGAACCUUGUGAGACACGUAACAAUGGUGAAGCCUCUCAAAUACCUAAAUAUCGUAACUAUAACCAGCACAGCUCCAGAGUCUCCUCGCCCUGGUUGGAUCUGAGAAUGUUCUACGUCAGAAUAAGCAAUUUCAUGGUGGAAGAUUCAACCCCUGAUGUCCUCACCAUCGAUCACAUUCCUCUGGAUCCAGAUACGCUUUUAUAGAUAAAUUAGGUGUAGAAUAAGCAUUGACUCAGAAGGGCGUUCUUCACAUCUUAGGAGUGAAGAAGCUACUUAUGUUAGCACAGGCAAUAUCAGCAGGUUAAAUGAUAGCGUAAAGUUUGAGGUUGAUGACAAAAGCGAGCUAGUCUUGUCUUGAACUCUUGAGAUGUCUGAUGGUAAUGGGUUCACUGCAGGGUCUGGUUUCUUAAAAGGGAAGAGCGAAAAAGGUCAAGAGUUAUUGCCAACUAUAGCGGUCUAUGUCACUGGUUGCUUCUCAGGAACACCCAUCAUCUUAACCAAGACUCUACAUCUUGGAUCAAGAAAGAAGAAAGUAGAAGAAUGGCACUGGAUUCAAUACCGGAGUAUGAAACUGCCGAGCCUCAGAAAAACACUUCCUCUAAGCUCCAUUUUCAGGUAACUUUCAAGAUAUAGCAUGAUACUGGUAGGAAUUAGAGUCUUAUAGUAAAAAUACAAAGAGAGUUAUCGCAUAGAUGCCAGUAUGAGAAUUAACUAGCAAAGCUAAUCCUUCAAAG